AUGGUUGCAUUACCAAGUCUGAUAGUAUUAAUCUACAUUAUAACUGGUUAUAUCAUGAGCAUUAUAUUAUUACUAAACAGUUGUAAUUCAUUUAGCUAUGAAUAUUAUACUCUACUCUAUUUGACAAUCGGUACCUGUCUUCUGGCACAUGUCUUGACAUGGUCUGGUUAUAUGCAUCAUGAAUUAUGCCAUAAUUCUGUGUUUGAGAAAACUGAAUUAAAUCUUUUAUUUGGACAUUUAAUGGAUUGGUUAAAUGGUGCAUGUUAUUGGCCAUUUGAAGAGUUAAAAAUGCAACAUAUUAAUCACCAUGUUCGUAAGGUAGAAUAUGAUGUUAUGGGUAAAUUUUUAGCAUGGAUUGAAAAAUAUGAUACUGUUAGAUAUACGCUAUCAGUAUGUGAAUAUGUACGUUUUAUGCAACAUAGAACAAUUGUUAUUCUUAGCAUACGAUUAUUAUAUUUUUCUUUUUUCUGGUAUUUUGGCAAUGGUCCAUUAAUAUUAAUUUGUUAUUUAAUUGCAUAUUCAAUUAGUAUUCAAAUUAUGAGAUUUACAGAUACAUUUAGCCAUGAUUAUGAACUGAUAGCCGUUGGUACACAAACAAAAUAUUUAUCUAAAACGUAUGAUAUGCUACAUACAUAUUCCAUAGAAUGGGACACAAACUUACAAACUCCAAUUAUGAUUCGAUUUCUUCCUCGACUAGUUCAUUCUCUGUUCUUCUUAAACUUUAAUUUUCAUAAUCAGCAUCAUUAUGCAACACAAAAGAAAUGGUAUGAAUUAGGAUAUAAAUUUACAAGUGAUGAAAAUGUUUCGACUAAGACAUUACCAACAUCAGUGAUAACACAACUACGACAUCAACACAUGACGAAAAUCACUAAGCCUAAUACUACUCCUACUGAUGAUGAUGAUGGUUAUGAUGAUAAAGAAAAAAUGGAAUAUAUUAUGAAUCAUCAACCCGAUGAAGAGUCAAAAAGCAUAACAGAUGAUAUUACUAUUGAUCAUAAUGAGAGUUAUUCAUUACGUGGUAUACCAAAACAUCAUUUUACGAUUCCUCUAAGCACUGCUUUGUAUGCAUUUCAUACCCAUCGUUUAACACGUUUAUUCUCAAGUCCAAACAGACCUUUGUAUAAUCCAUUAACUAAACGUCUCUCAUUAGAACAUUGCUAUGGAAUAACUGAUGCACCAUUACUAGUAUUGGAAGUAUGA